UUCUCUCCCUCCAUCCAAACCUCUAUAAUUACACCCGUCUCCUUCCCUAAUCAAAAAACACAGAGUCACACACUGAAGCAAAGACAUAACAAAACCCAAAAGUCUCCAUUUCAACUCUGCGUCAUCUCGUUUUCAAAUUCAGUUUUCCGAGUUUAUCUAUAAAUAGAAAAUUGUUUUUGAGUGUAAUGCAGCAAAAGGGUCGAUACGAGAACCGUAGAUCAAGGUCUUUUUCUAGAUCCCGUAUCGCCAUUGAAGGUCAUUAGUAUCAAGUAUCAUUUCCCAUCCUCUGUUUUGAGGUGAAGUGAUUUAAUCGAAAUUAAUCGGGUUAUAGCAAUCCGGUAACUGUAAUUGUAGUUAUUUUGAACCCAUUUGCCCCAAUUAACUGAUAAUCAGAAUUUCUGCCAUGGCUGCUGCUGAAGGAGUUGAGCGUGAGGUGCAAAAGAACUACUGGAUGGAGCAUACUGUGGAUCUUAGCGUUGAGGCCAUGAUGCUCGAUUCCAAGGCUGCUGAACUUGAUAAAGAAGAACGCCCGGAGGUGCUCUCUCUUCUUCCACCAUAUGAAGGGAAAUCAAUUCUGGAGCUAGGGGCUGGUAUUGGCCGCUUCACUGGCGAGUUGGCCAAAAAAGCUGGCUCACUUGUUGCUCUUGACUUCAUUGAAAGUGCCAUAAAGAAGAAUGAAAGUACUAAUGGGCAUUAUAAGAACACCAAGUUCCUUUGCGCUGAUGUGACCUCCCCGGACUUAAAAUUUUCUGAAGAUUCACUUGACUUAAUUUUCUCAAACUGGCUGUUGAUGUAUCUCUCUGACCAAGAGGUUGAGGCCUUCGCAGAGAGGAUGGUUAAAUGGCUGAAAGUUGGUGGGUACAUUUUCUUUAGAGAGUCAUGUUUCCACCAAUCUGGAGAUCACAAAAGGAAAAACAACCCAACUCAUUAUCGCGAGCCUAGAUUUUACACCAAGAUUUUCAAAGAAUGUCAUUUGCAAGACAGCUCUGGAAACUCUUUUGAACUUUCUCUUGUUGGUUGCAAAUGUAUAGGGGCCUAUGUGAGAAACAAAAAGAAUCAGAAUCAGAUAUGCUGGCUGUGGCAGAAAGUAAGAUCAGAGGAGGACAAAGGCUUCCAGCGUUUCUUGGACACAGUGCAGUACAAAUCUAGUGGCAUACUCCGAUAUGAACGCGUUUUUGGACAAGGAUUUGUUAGUACUGGAGGAAUUGAAACAACAAGUGAGUUUGUGGCUAAGCUGGAUCUUCAGCCUGGAGAAAAGGUUCUAGAUGUAGGUUGUGGCAUUGGUGGAGGUGACUUUUACAUGGCUGACAAAUACAAUGUCCAUGUUGUUGGCAUUGAUCUCUCAAUUAACAUGGUCUCUUUUGCACUGGAACGUGCUAUUGGCCUAAACUGCUCUGUUGAAUUUGAGGUUGCUGAUUGCACCACGAAAACGUACCCUGAUGGUACAUUUGAUGUUAUCUAUAGCAGGGAUACUAUUCUCCACAUUCAAGACAAACCUGCACUUUUCAAAUCUUUCUACAAGUGGCUGAAGCCAGGAGGUAGAGUGCUGAUUAGUGAUUACUGCAAGAAAGCUGGAACUCCUUCAGAAGACUUUGCUCAGUAUAUCAAGCAAAGAGGAUAUGAUCUGCAUGAUGUCCAAGCAUAUGGCCAGGUUUAAAUUGCCUUAUCUCUCCCGCCUCCUCUCCCUUAUACACAGACGCUCACAUACACUCCCAAGUGUAUUUGCCUUAUACCUGUUUGUCUUGUAUUCAGAUGCUCAGAGAUGCUGGUUUUGAUGAGGUCAUUGCUGAGGAUCGAACUGAUCAGGUGUGUUUGCUCCUUCCCUACCAAACUUUCCGGUUCUUGUCUAAUCUUUUGUGUUUGUGUUGCUUUCUUGUUGUCACUUAGUAUGAUACUAUCGAUCUAUCUUUGUUUCAGUUCAUGAAAGUCCUUCAAAGGGAAUUAGAGUCAGUGGAGAAGGAAAAAGAAUCAUUCAUUCGGGACUUUUCUGAAGUGAGUGGUUUACUGUCUAAAGUGCUCUUACUUUUGCUUUAAAUGAUUACUCACAUGGUGCGUUAUUGUGAUUCAACCUGCAGGAAGACUAUAAUGACAUAGUAGGUGGUUGGAAGUCCAAGCUGGUUAGAAGUUCAUCCGGUGAACAAAGAUGGGGUUUGUUUAUUGCCAAGAAGAAGUGAUUUUUUAAUGUAAUCUUUUACUACUUUGUCUCAAUGACAUUUGGUACUUUCUAAGUCGUAUGUUUCCAGUAUUGCCAUUUGAGAUUUGGGCUAUGUAAUAAUAUGUUGAAACUCAAGACCUUCGAUUUUGUGUACUAUGCUGUUGUUUAAUGUACUCGAUACUAUUUGCUUGUGAGAUCAUUGAGUAAAAAUUGCCAAAUGCAAACACAAUGCUGGCGGUUUCUCGAUACUUUAGUUUGUAGAUGUGAUUGGAAUCUUUACACAGCUGUGUUGCUGCUUCGUGUUUUUUUUUUUUUUUGGAUGGCCCAGAUAGAAUUGAACUAUAAAAUUCAC